GAAAUCACGCAAUUGGUGCUGUGCGAAAGUUCCCCACUCUGCCAUUAAAUGCAAAUGGUGGCGGUGGUGUUUGGAUCGAUCCAGCGGGUGGCGUAUGGCGUCAGGCCAAUACAACAUCAUGUACAACAAAGGAACAACUACCGGAUUAUUCCCAGAUAGCAGGACAAACAGCACAGCAGCAGCAACAACAACAACAACACCACAUGCCUUUGCCAGAUUAUGAAAGACUAACACCACUUAAUAUGCCUGAUUAUGCUGAAGUUGCAUGUUCAACAUUUAAAACUCCAAACGGAACAGCACAUGGUCAGACCGCAAACAAUGGAUUACAACAGCAACAAUCAUUGUAUGAUAGUUGUGGUGCAUAUGCAACAACAAAUCUUGUAGCAAAUGCAAAAUUAUAUCAGAAUCAUCAGCAACAACAACAACAACAGCAACAGCAGUCGCAACGUUAUGCAAGCGGAAAUGGAAAUAAUACGACAACAAGUUCAACGAUUAAAACAAUGCAGCAGCAACAACAACAUGGAGGUGGUGAUAAUUUAGAGAGUGCUUUACGCUCAGGAAAUGAACAAAAAUUAUCAACAAUGUCCUCAUCAUCACCAUCAACGAACUCCACAACAGCAGUAACACGCAAUAACAUUAACAACGAUGACUAUCGUUCAACAAUGGGCAGUAUUUCAUCUGGUCUCUAUUCAGCGCCACCCAGUCAACAUUAUUCUAUGGGCAGUGGUUGUGGUAGUAUUGGCGGCAGUGGUGGUGGUGUCAUAGGGUUUGGUAAUAUGGACAACAAUCCCUUUGGCAACAAUAUGUUAACAUUGCCGGAUAAAAUGACAGCUAGUACGGCUUCUACAGCCAUACUUAGCUCUUCGCCAGCUAAAACACAACCACAUCAAACAACAAAAAAAUCAAUGACAAAUUUAAAUAGUACUGGUACGGCUUUGAGUGCAAAUAAAAUCAACAUUACCGAGAAUCGUUUUGACUUGAUGAAUAAUGAACCCUUGCAGCCUACACGUUUAAAUCCCUUCAAUUCUAAUAGUAUGCAAUCACAAAGUCAACGACAACAACAACAGCAGCAGCAACAACAACAGCAACAAUUACUAGUUGCCAGUAAUGCCUUGAAACAGGGACUGGGGGCUUAUGCCAAUACCACCUUAGCCACCCAAAUGAUAAGUGGUGGUGGAGCGGGUACUUUGCGUCGGCCACGCAACAACAAGGUAUUCAAAAGUGAAAAUAACAUAAAUUUUGGUAGUCUCUAUAAUAAUAAGACAACAACCACAACGAAUCCCGCUGCUGCAGCUUCAACAAAUCAUAAUAAUACAGGAUCACAUUUAGAUUUUCUCACCAGUUCGCAUACUGAUCAUUUUAAUGAUAAUGAUUUUGGUGCCAUAAGUAACUCCACCAAUCAAUUGCUCAACGAUUGGGCUUCAAAUUCCUCAAUAGCUGCUACAGACUAUAAUUUUGGCACAAAACAGCCCAAUAAACAACAUUUGUAUAUAAAAUCCAAAGAUGGUACUUGGUCUGCUGUUUCCUCGGAUGCCUAUCAAGCUUUUAGGCAACAACAACAGCAGCAGCAACAACAACAACAACAGCCACCACCUUCAUAUGCUCAUGCGGCAGGUGAUAAACUUUUACAACCUUCCCCUAGUCAUUUAAAUUCCAACUCCAGCAACAACACUUCCUCCAAUUCCUCCUCCUCCACAGUCUCCUCCUCCCAAUUAACUAGUCUAUAUAAUAAUACCAGUAACCCUAAUCAAGUGUCUAAUAGCAGCAAUAACAGCAGCAGUAGUAGCUCAAAUAUAAAUUCCUCCACCAUUAUUAACUCCAUCAACACCACCGCUAGCGAUAAUUUAAUGUCUAGUCAUAAUAAUAAGUAUUUUAGUAGUUUUGGUCCCUCAGCCAAUGUGUAAGUUUAAAUAAAACCAACAACAACAAAAAAAUCAAUAAAAAUAUGCUAAAAAUUUCCAAAAUACACUUUUUUUAAAGCUUGUAUUGUAAUUUGUAAAAUAAUCGAAAAUUACUUGAAAUGAAAUAUAGCAAAAUCAAGUCGUAUUAUCAAAUACAUAUAAAAUUAAACUAUGUACAGUAUAAUUGUGAUUAAAAAUAUGAAUAAUAAUAAUAAUAACGAAAAAAGGAAUUUCAUAGUGCUCAUCUGUCAGUUAAAAACUCCGUCUUGAAAGGAGUCUAAGGGUUUGAUAAAAGAGAAAAAAAUAGAGAAUGUUAAGUUUUUUGUACGAAAAAUCAAAUGGUGAAAAUUUUUAAUGGACGUCACCUAUAGUCAACAGGGGUCGAGAAUAAUAAACUCAAGCCAUUCGAUUUACAUAGAAUUUUGGACAGUUCAAAAUCUUUCAACAGAUUUUUCAGCUUCAACUUGUAUUUCAAAGUAAGGCACAAAUGGGGUCAAUAUGUAUAUAUAGUGGAUUUGUUAGACAAUUUAUGGAUCCGAUCAAAAUUUCCAAAAAUAUUUUUUUUUAACUAAGAAAAGUACAUGGAAUUUUAAAGACAUAUCGGCAUUCUAAUUAUGCGAAAAAAUGCCUUUUAAUAAGACUCGUGAGAUUUUUCAGUUUUACGAUUAGAAACUUGAAAAGUUAAGUUUACAUAAAAGCUCAUAAUGAACAUCGUCAUGAUUUAGCCAUUAAAUCCAUAUUCCAUGAAUAUUUAUAUGUUAUGUAAAUAAUUCUUCCUUAUCAAACAUUCUUAAACUUCAAAAUGUCUAACUGCUCUUUAAUUUCAAAGUCUAUAUAGACUAUCAGACAGUCAAGCAUGGUACCAGUAUUUUAUGGAAAUUAUAUAAACUCUUUUAUAAAUAUUACCACAAGAGCAUUUUACUUUCCAUUUUAUCUCCAAAUGAGGAAACAUUUGCAUUUAACUAUAAAAUAUUCAAUUUAUUAAUUUAUAAUGUUCUGAUCAUUUAUGAUUUCUGUGGAAAAAAAAAUUCCAAAGAUUCGAUUUCUUUUCCACUUAUUAAGUCAUGAUAAUACGACGAGAGUGUGAGGAAAAAUAAUAUAAGAACUAGUCAAGCUAAACAAACAAAAGUGAUUUUACAACAUACAUAGGCAAACAGAUCUCUUAUUUUUCUAAGUCCAUAAACUCACACAUUCAAAAAAAAAUAACAGUCAAAUCAUCUUUCGCUCUUUGCCGAGGACUAGUUUAAUUCUUUAAAUCUCUGCGAAUGAAAAGCCAAGACAGUCGUCUCUUUAAUUUCUGCUAAUGUCUGGUCGGGUCCAAUACGUUUUUCGUCACGAACUCUUUGUAACUCUUUGAGAUCGGAGACAGAUAUCAUUUUAGAGAGUAGACUCUAAAUAACUUAACUGUCACGUAUUGACUCUUUUGAAGUAGCUUUCUGACUGUCUCUUUUUGUAAUCUAUGGAGUGGAAUCCUAUUAAUAUAGCUAAUUAUGUGGGUUUCCGAGUGACUCCAGAUAACCAUAACUCUCAAUAAUUAAAAACAACAACAUUUAGUUGCUUGAUAACUUAGUAGUAGUAAUUUCAUUUGUAGAUGUCUCCUUAUAAUUUAAAUAAUAAUGUAUUACUGCAAGUUAACAAUCAAGAGCGAGGUAGUUCAUCUUCACUCUCUGUCGAUACCUGGUUUAAAAUUUUAAUGUAUACAAGAUAUCAAGCAUUGGAUAAAAUGUUUUAUCUUAAAAUUCUUUUUAAUAUUAGUGUGAAAAUUCGAUUAUUCAACGAUAGAUAAAGAUUUUAAACAUUUUCAAUAGGCAUUCUCCCUGAGACAAUAGAAUAUGUACAAUUUCGUUGAAUAAUUAUUGAAUUAAAAGACCAAUGUGUACUUUUCUAUACUGGCUUCAGAAUUUCUCCAUUACAUCUGGGAUUUGAGAUAUCGUAUACUGAAGUUUGAAAAAGCGCAACUUUUGGCGCUUUUUGAGAAGUUAUAACUGCGCGAAGACAACUUUAACAUGUUAUUUCCUCUUAGAAGUUUGAUAUAACAAUAAACUGUUAAAAACUGUAUUUUUCAUAAAUGUUGCUUUCAUUUUACAAAAAAAAAAAACCUUAUACAUUCCAAUUUUUCACAUUUUUUCUAUGGAAAUAUUUUUUGAAUUGUUUUAAAAUCUGACUUACAGACAGCCAUCGUUUAGUCGAAUCAGAAAGUGAUUAUGAGUCAAUUGGAACAUCGUCAGAUAGGUUUGGAUCAUAUAUUUUUGCCUGUUAUAAACAAAAUUUAAAAUCAUCCCAGCAAACAUUAGGUAUUGGCUUUCAAUUGUAAUUACUUAACUAACAACAUACUUUUUAAUGGCUACUACAUAUCGGCUGGAUUACAAUAAGGUCUUACUAAUAAUGUGUUAUAUAAAUACUUUCUAAUUCAUUAGUAAUCUUGCCAGUGAAGAUAUAGCAGCUGUAACGUUUUUUUUUUUUCGUGCGAUUAACAAUGACAACUUUUUAAAACUACUUGUAAUCGUUUAUAGUAGGUAAUUGCCUUUAAUGACAUCACCGUGUUAAAAUAAUGACUUAAAAUGCUAUUGUGUAAGUAAAUUUUAGCAUUUUAACCCCUUACAUAACCUCAAAAACUAGGUAAUGGCUUUCAUUUGCAAAUACUUACUUAACAACAUACUUUUCAAUGACUACUACAUAUCGUCUGGAUUACAUAGAAGUAGUCUAGUAAGGUCUUACUAAUAAUGUAUUAUAUAAAACACUUUCUAAUUCAUCAAUUAAUCUUGCCAGUAAAGAUAUAGUAUAUAAUUUUUUUUAAGCGAUUUACAAUGACUACUUUUUCUAAUUACUUGUAAUCAUUUGUAAUAAUUAAUUGCCUCCAAUGACAUCACUGUGUUAAAAUAAUGACUUAAAAUGGUAUUGCGUAAGUAAAUUUUAGCAUUUUAACCCCUUACAUGGUAAUGAAAGUUUUUACUGGGAUAAUACCCUCCACAGUACAGUAGUAUAUUCAGAUAGAAUAUAACAAUUUACAAAUAAAGUUAUCAUGGCGCUGUUACGAACUCUCAAAAAAUGAGAAAAAAUUGCGUUUUCUAACUUGGUAUCAUCGGCCUGUGUUAUUUUCAUAAUCGCGAACUAUAGUUUUAAUAUAUGAUUUAUAUGGACGAACAGACGGACGGACAUAACUAAUAUCAUUAUAUACCGAUGUCUGGUGUACAAUUCAAAAGCAAAUGCAUAGGACCAAGUUACCAAAGAAGAGAAAUUACUACAAUUUCUCAGUCUUUAAUUAUACCAAACUAUGAUGUUUGUUUGUUGAGAACUUUGUUACAACUAGUUUUAAGUUUGUGAGAAAGCCGGUUUGUACUCUUGUGCUAUGUUUGGUUCUUAUAAAAUCAAGUGAAACAUAAAGAAAUUAUAAUAUAAAUCUUUAAAUAUGAAAUGUACAGUGUACAUCAUGUAAGGGUAAAACUUAAUUAAAAUCAAGAAUAUCUUCUAUAUACAUAUGUAUAUGAAAAUCUAACAUACAAAAAACUUUACAUUCCCUAUUCAUACACAUACGUACAUAUAUAUAUUUUCCUUUAAUCUCUCUCUGCCUGUAACGACCUGUAAUAAAAAUAAAUUUUUGUAUAAUGAACAAUGUAAAUACUAACAAAAAUAACUAUAACCUAUUAUAAUAAACAAACAAAAAAAAAUAAUAAAUAAUUAACUUAAUAACAAAAAAAAUCAGUUAAUUAUAAAUAAAUAGAGACUAAAUUAGCAGCGAACUAGUAAAUAAUGAAGGAAUAAAAAUUUAAUUAAAAAUUAUAUAAAUAAAACAAGGAUU